CACAACAGCCAUUUUCAUUGAGUCAUUCAUCAAUUUGAUUGAGAAUUUUGCGAUUUUUCAAUCAAUCAGUCGCAAAUAUGGCGCUUAUGGUGUCGUUUGUGUCCGUGGCGGUUUCGAUAUUAUAUACGCCGUUCCUACUUCUAAUUCUGUGUGUGAUAUUCCUCGCUUCCAUCGGAAAAUCGUUGGGAGUACGGAGACUUUAUGUGAAUAUUUUGCUCAAACUUUUCGAGUAUGGCAGACAACACAUCGAGGUGGCGAAGAAGCUGCAGAGGAACGACAGCUCUGAUGAAGAAGAACCUCCCACGCCGGACGACAAACCACCCUCCGCCAUCAUCAAGGAGAACGGAGUUAAUGGCACAAAGAACAGUGUGAUAGAGCGACAAGAGAUCCUGGGGCCGUCUCCUGAACUCAACUACAAGAGGAGUAAGAGUCAAGAGCGGCUGCAGAACGGACAUCUGACACCAGAGGUCAAAGGAGAGAGGAACCUGGAGUUCCACCUGCACCACUGUAUGGACCUGGUCAAGGCUGGCAUGGAGUCGAUCAUCGAAGACCAGGUCACCUCCGUCUUUGAGGCUGAAGAGCUGAGGAGUUGGAACCUGCUCACCAGGACCAACAGACAGUACGAAUUUCUAACAUGGCGGCUCACAAUCAUUUGGUUCAUGGGAUUCGUCGUCAGAUACUUCUUCCUUCUACCGCUUAGGAUAUUCAUAUUUAUUGUUGGGGUCCUGAUAAUGAUAACAUCGCUGUCGCUCAUCGGAUUCCUGCCAGAGAGCAAAUUCCGGCGCUGGCUGGCGGGCCUCUUCUACAAGAUCUCCAUCCGGACGCUCAUGCGCAGCAUGUCCAUCGUCACCAACUUCCACGACGUGGAACACGUGCCGAGGUUCAACGGCUUCUGUGUUGCCAACCACACCAGCCCCAUUGACGUGGGGGUUUUGAGUGUCAACACUUGUUUCUCAUUGGUAUGGUGGCUGAUAGUAUGCACGGCGUGCGUGGGAACCCUGCCAGAUGGCCCGUUCAAACAACGCGUCAACAACGCUCUGUCGCUCAUGUGCUUCAACUUCCUCUCGCGCUGCAUCUCCGCGGUGAUCACUUACCACAACAGCGACUACAAGCCGCGCAAUGGGAUCUGCGUCGCGAACCAUACGAGCCCGAUCGAUGUGCUGGUGCUGAUGUGUGACAGCUGCUAUUCGCUGAUAGGUCAAAGGCACGACGGUUUCCUAGGGCUCCUUCAGAGGGCGCUUGCUAGGGCUUCGCCUCACAUCUGGUUUGAGAGGUCAGAGGUGAAGGACAGACAUGCAGUCGCCAGGAGGUUAAAAGAGCACAUCUCGGUGCCCGACAACCCGCCCAUCCUGAUCUUCCCCGAGGGCACUUGCAUAAACAACACGUCCGUGAUGCAGUUCAAGAAGGGCAGCUUUGAGGUCGGGGGCACGAUCUACCCCGUCGCUAUCAAGUACGACCCGCGAUUCGGCGACGCGUUCUGGAACAGCUCUCGCUACGGGAUGCUGCACUAUCUGCUCAACAUGAUGAGCUCAUGGGCCAUCGUCUGCGACGUAUGGUACCUGCCCGCCAUGGCUCGGGCGCCGAGCGAGUCCGCCGUGGAGUUCGCCAAGCGCGUGAAGGCGGCCAUAGCCACGCGCGGGGGACUCGUCGACCUUAUGUGGGAUGGACAGCUAAAGCGAAUGAAGGCAAAGAAGGAAUGGCGAGAGUUACAGCAAGAGGAAUUCAGUAAGAGAUUAAAAGGAGAAUAAAUCUAAAUACUCAUUGUUUUAAAAAAACAUUCAUUUAUGAAGUGAUGAUGUUCGGGACUAAUUUAGCAUUACUUUACCGAAUAACAUUCAUUUGUUAAGUGGUGAGGUUGUAGACAAUUGAGGCAUUACUAUAGAUUUGGUUGGUUUUACCACAAAAAAUUUAAACAAGCGUUAAGUAUACCUGUUAUUUUUAAACCAAACAGACUCACCAUCCAUAAACUGUCAAAACGUCUAUUUAGUCAUCAGAUAAACUGGUUUUUAAAUUUUUUGUAGUAAAAACGGGUGAGCUUAGAAAAGUGCUAUUGAAUCACAAAUGAAUAAGUUAACGAUUCAAAGGCACUUCAUACAAGUUUAUUUGAAUAAACCUUUAGAAAAAAAGCCCACUACCCAAACUGCAGCCGGGUGGGUCUAAAGUCCAUAUCUUUUUUCUCUAGGUGUCUAUUCAGACGAACCACAUAACAGGGUCAUUAAUUGCAGUCUUCAGAUGCCCGAAAGUUAGGUUUCAUGACCUCUUGUGAUGCAGUGGUGAGUUCGAUUCUCGGCUGAGUCAAUUUGGGACUUUAUAAUUUCUAAAUUGGCUCCGGUGGUUUUGUGGGAGGCUUCACAAAGCCAUACUGCAAGUUUGUGGUACGCCUGAAAGGACUCUAUGAUAGAUGUGACCUUCCCUCAGAAGUUCAUAAAUACUAAUAGACUGCUUAUACUUCUAUUGUAAAAUAUACCUACGAAAUGGAGGUUUUUUCGCGACUUAUUUAUUGUAGUUAUUAUUAUUAUGUAAUCCCAAGUUUGAAAGGCUAUUAGUUAUUAUAAAAAUUGUAACCUUUUUUGUAAGUUACACAAAUAUGUAAAAAUGUAAGGUUUUACAGAAUUACACGAGAAAUAUUUGUAAUCAGUAUGAAAAAUAUUUAUGUAAUAUGUAUGUAUUUCGGUAAUAAUAUACACUUAUGGUUCUAAAGGAUUUAAUUUAUGUUAAAAUUUUUGUAUGUAAAAAAAUACUGUAAAAAUGGUUAAAAAAAAUUGUAAAAGCUAUUAAAAUUACUAUAUACAGUUGUACAAAACUGCAUUUUAAUUAUUGUUAGUUACAACGUGUUACGAAAUUCCUAAUCAAUAGGCGAUAGUGAAAGAUGUAAAUUUUUACAAAUGUAACUAGAUUUCUAGGUAUUAAAUAAUUGUGUAAUUUUUAUAUAUAAAUGACACUAAAACUCAUUUAUGGCGAGUCAGAAACGGAAACUUUGACAUUUUAAAUUAAGCUUUUUUACCACCAAAUUAUUAAUUAUGCGUUUAUUUUGGCAGCUUUUUGUUUAGCAUUUAUUUGUCAUUUAUCGAUAGUUGAUUAUCGAACAAUAUCAAAAAUAAAGUAUGAAGUUUUUGUUUCGGGAAAUGUGUGUAAAUAUACCUUUAAAAUGUAUGGAAAGUUGUUUGAACGUUGAAAUUGUUAAUUAUUAUUACUUUCUCUCUCUCUCACUCCCUGCGUUGUAUUCCUCAUUGCUGGAGGUCGUGACCCUUUUCCAUGAAUCAUACAAUGGAAGGGGUUUUGUUGAGAUAUUAUUGCGGUGGGCUUCCAGAUCCAUCCGCAUACGACUCGAUUAAGAGUAUGAAACUUUGACUCUCAGAUUUAACCAUUAAUAUCAGAUCUUAGUGAUAAUUAGGCGGUCACCCAUCCAGUUACUGAUUUAGAUCAGCGUCGCUUAACCGGCGCAAUCUGAUAGGCAAUCUGUGUCGCAACUACGCAACUAGGGCCAAAUGUCUCAUUUUAUUAUCACAGUAGGAUUUGACUGAAGUUUUUUUAUUUAAUUUAAAUAUAUGAAACUUAUAUGAAACAUAGGGUACGACUUAUAAAAAUUUUACAUCACUGUUAUAGCAUAAUUUUAACUUAUUUUUUACAUUUGGUCUAUAUUUAAGUUAUUAUUUAUUACAUAGACUUAAUGUCAUGUAUGUAUAUUAUGUGACCUACUCGAAAACCGGAAAUUAUGUAGCGGUAUUAUUAUUUUCAGGUUUUACAUAUCUACAUAUCUGCAUGCGUUGCUUUAAAAUAGUCAAAUGUUCUAUAAAACCUAAUAUUUUUUUAAUAAAAUAUUGUUGCAAAAUAUUGUUUGUAGUCAAUGAAUGUCAUUAUCAUUACAAUAAUAAUUAAAGUAUGUAAUGUAUGUAUGUUUUAAUUUAGCAAAAUACUUUUUUUACAAUUUUUACUUAAAAUAUAUUGUUUUUUUUUUUAAAUUAUAAUGUACUCGUAUCUCUUUGAUUACUUAAUCAUAACAACCGGAACUAUGUUAAAAAUGUAAAAUUCGUUAAAACCGGCUAAGUCACUUUUAAUGUGUAGAUAUAAUAAUUAAAUAAUUACUAACAUUUUGUAAUCCUCGCAUAAAAUAUUUCAUUUACCAAUAAUAAUUUACAAUAGGUAACAUAGUUACAAUAAUUAAUUAAUGUACCAUUAAUCUGCGAUGAACGAAAAUUACAAUUUUAGUAAUCAUAAUAUAAACAGUGCACUGGUUUAUUUUAUUUUUAGUGUAAUUUAAUUUACACAAAAUAGUAGUAAAAUGAUGUUUUGUAAAAUUUAUUAACACAAUUUUUCAAUGUAAAAAUCAUUAAAUCAGUGAUACUUGUUGUGAUUGGGUUGAAAGUGAAGUAUUUGAUUAAGUGAUUGUAGUUUUUAAUUAAAAACGGCUUAAUUAACUAUUGUAAAGUUAUUUAAUUAAUAAUUGAUUUUACCAAACUUAUUGGGGUAAUUAUUUUACAAAUAGAUAUAAAUUAUUGUACUCGUCUGUUUGUAUUUAAUGGGAAGCAAAUGUUUAAAGAGUAGCCAUAUCUUAUAAAGCCAAACAAGGGCAACAAUUAAAAAUCAGGAAUAAAUUAUUAAUUUUCUUAAGAGUUGUUUUUCUCGAUCGCCAAAUAAACUUAAACUGUAAAAUAACUUUUACAUUUUGACAGAUUAACUUUAACAUUUUGACAGAUUUCGGAUUUAUAAACUGUGACAACAUUAAAACUCCUCAAUUAAAAAUAUUUGGCGAUUAAACAAUUGAGUUAUAAGUGAAAAAAACAUGAAAAAUGCAUACUUCUUUAAAGCAUUAGGGCCACAAAAAAAAACUUAUCCUGAAAAAACCAGGACUCUUGGUUAUCCUGUAUAACAGAUAACUAUCAGACUAUCGCAAAAAAAAUGUAUUUAAUAUAAUAAUAUUAUCUAUUACAAUUCGUCUGUUUAUAAAUGACUGUAAAUUCUGGUCACAUAGAAAUCUCCAAUUCUAAAAAAAAUUAGUAGCAUUUCAAUUUACAAAAUUAGUUUGAUGUGUGAUUUUGAAAUCAUCAGAUCAAAUAUUAUAUACAUUAUAUAUUUGAUGAUUAUACAUUAUAUAUAUUUGAUGAUUUGUAUACUUACAUUAUAUGUUUUUAUAGACACUAUUUUUAGGGUCUGGGCUUUGAUUGCGGCCACCUUUAACUUUUUGGAGUUUUAAGCAAUUAAAUAUCAAUUGGUUUAACGGUGAAGGAAAACAUCGUGAGGAAACCUGCAUGCCUGAGAGUUCUCCAUAUGUUAUCAAGGGUGUGUAAAGUCUGCCAAUCUACAUUGGGCCAGGUGGAGUACGGCCUAAACCCUUCCCAUUCUGAGAUUUCCGUGCUCAGUAGUAGACCGGCGAUAAUGAUAUAGAUUGGACAUGCUUCUUCUCAGACCAGGGCGCGCUUGGAACACUUGUAGCUUUAGUUUAAAGUUAACAUCAUCAUUCAUAGACAUAUUAGUUCGUAUGGACCCGGUCAUUGAACAAAUAAAAUGGCAGUAAUUUCUUGGUGCUAAAGUGUAUAAGGAGCACCGAAGCGAACUGUGAUGUUUGGAUUUCAUAUGCGAGCAGAUGUUGCUUUGCAUUGCUAAAAUGCCAAGUUCAUGAGUGGUUAAGAGAUGGCGCUGAUUUAUUAAUGAUUAAACCGUAAAAAAAAAUUAUUCGGAUGACCAUAUUUUGCAAUUUAUAUCUAUGAUCAUCAUUACAUUAAUUAUCUUAUAUAAUGUUCAACAAAUUCAAUUUUUUUUAUUCAAUUAGAGUUUUACAAGUACUUUUGAAUUGUAAAAAGCAUCUACCACUGGUUCGGAACGCCUUUCCUGCCGAGAAGAACCAGCAAGAAACUCGGCGGUUGCUCUUUUCAAAGAUUUGAUAUACAAUAUUAUGCCAUGUAUAAAAGUAAUUGAAUAGUGCGGGCUGCAGGUUAAAUCCACGCUCUUUAAUCAUUUACAUAAUCUUUGAUUGUAUAACAAUGCUUUUCUCAGGAGCAUAGUUUUAAUAGAUUUUGCAUUGUUGACCACCUACCAUUGUAGACUUUUUGAUCUAGAAUAAACGUCUGAAUUUGGACAUUUCUAUGUGACUAGAGUAUAAGAGGUGGUGCGACAUGUAAUGAAGCAAUAUAUUUUUGGAUUGCUCAAAUGUGAUGAAUUUUGCGGGGUUCGUAUAUUCUUGUAGGCAUUUUUAUCGAUAAUACUGAUAAUGAUAAUAAAUUGAUUAAUAAAUAA